CAGCUUUCGCUCCGAAAACGUACGCCUGUACGGGUGCUUGUGGAAAGAACCCGGGACAGUGUGACUGAUAUAUUCACUAAGUACCGCCGGAAACUGGGCGAUGGUGCCCGUCAAGCGGUGGAAAGGGCCAGAAGUCGACACCGCGAUAACCUAAUCAUACAACCCAGGUCGCAAUCUAUGAUCGAAGAAUACCGAUUUUGUAAAAGCUUUGGCUGCGAAGAGGUUGCAACUAUUUUUCUUCUGCUGAUGAUCCUGCUUAUUUUGUUUCUGGGACUUUACCUGGUAAGAAGGUAUAAUCACACAUUUGCCUACGGAUCAGGCGGGUGCCUAUCGACGAUUUUUUGGACAUACGAAGAAUGUAUUAUAACGACCUAGGCCAAAUCAUUUCAUUUUUAUAUGCUGUUUAUUUGAUUGUGGCGAAUAAAGUGCACCCCAAUACCUGAACCUCCUA